AUGGCCAUCGUAGAGUCGGCGUUGCUGACGCCCUCUGAUCAUUCGACGCCGGCAUCAACGGGCUCCAAGGAUGUCUUGGUAGGACACAAGUACAAAAAGAUCCGAUGGAAGAAGUACGACCCAAAGAAACGGCGGCUCGAAGGCCCUGGAAAUCAAUUCGUACUCUGGACUCCGCCGCUGCCGCCCACUGGACAAAGCGACGCCGAGGAUACAGAGCCGUCACCCAGCAGCGGUUUCAAGAUAGAGACAGCUUCCUCGGGCCAGCGGGCAACCAUCGCAUCUCCGCUGCAGCCUCUUCCCUUGAACGGCACACGAGUCGACCCGUUCAUGUGCCUGCCCAUCAAAGCCACCGACUGCGUGCGAGACACGAUCGACUACUUCAUCACCAUCUGCAGCGACGUCGCCGAAGGCUCGGUUGUUCCUGGCCCUGUUAAUCCCCACCUCUCGUUGCUGCUUCCAUAUGCGCUGAAACACUCUACUCUAUUAGAGUCGAUGAUCGCCGUGUGCCGGGCCUCGAUCUUGCUCUCUCUGGACCGUCCUGCGCUCGAGGAUCCCGCCUUCAUCCAGCACCGAGGAAACGCAAUCGCAGGACUCAACACGAAGAUCAGGACCAAUCACUGUACCGAUGAUGACGCUCUGUUGACCGUCACCAUGCUCAUGACGCUCGAGUACUUGAUGGGAAACCACUAUGCAGUUCGAAUGCAUUGCGAAGGGCUAGAGAAGAUGUUGGAGCUGCGAGGACCUCUUGGGGAAGGGGAAGAGGAAACUGACUGGGCCAAGUUUGUCAGGCACGGCCUGUCGAGCUACAAGGCACUUGGGUCGUUCGUGACAGGUCGACCGCCAGAUAUACCAUCCGACUCUAUUGGUUAUCUAAAGGAAACCUUUGAAGAGCUCUCCCUCGACCAGCCGCUCGCCUAUCUUGAACCGCCUUUCGACCCAGACCUCUGCACCAUGUUGUCUAGGUUGCCUGCAGGUUUCUCCGAAGUCUGUUUGAAAUGUCGCAUUUCAGUGCAAAUGAUAAAUUUGCUAGGAGCAAUCGCUGGAGCAACGACUUUGUUGGACACAAAGAGUGCAGUUGAAAGUGUCUCGACAUCCACAUCCACCGAUGCCUGCGUUCUCGAUUCGCAACGUCAACGAUCCAUGACACAAGCUCUAUUAUCAUCCUUGCAACGCAUGUCGUUGACUUCAGUCGUUCCUAUCGAGCUCAAUCUCACGUGUGGACUCCUCGCGUACAUGUUCCAACUUCGAUCAUUGGCUCCAGUCAACCUAUUUUAUGACCCCAUUCUUCGCAGAUUCAUCGAUACACUUCCGGCUCAGCCGAAACCAAGCUUUCUCGAAGAGCAACAUUCUUUGAUCUGGGUAAGCAUGGCCGCCGCUGGAAGUUUAGCAUUGAGAGUGGCACCAAUGCCUUCUAGCCAUGCUGUCAUGGAUCAUAUCCUUGAUCUUUACCCAGAAACUCGAGAUUGGUCCCGCUUACACAAAAUCCUACGUGGCUUCUUUUGGACGAAUGAGAUCGGAGCACACUGGAAGACAGUUUGGCAGGCGGCAAUGCAGCGAAGAGAAUUUCUCCUGCGCCGAAAUCAAGAUGCCAAAGUACAUCCGCACAUGGUCACUGCGCAGAUGCCCGAACUUAAUUCUGAGGCCGUUCGUCGCCACAUUGAAGGAGCACCACGAGCUGUGCGUGAAAUGGGCGAAGCUAUGGGUAUAUGCCCAUUCCAUCGGAAACACGGCUAA